AUGAAAGCAUACACAAAGGACAAGUUACCUCUGGCAUCGAUCAGUCAUAUGGUCCUGGCCUCAAUGGGUGAGAUAGCAGCUUGUUUAGUGAGAGUUCCCGCCGAAGUCAUCAAACAAAGAACUCAAGCGGGCAUUCUCGGCGCUGGGAAUGUGUCGACUUCUUGGUCAAAUUUACUUUACUUGUUACAGAAUCAGUCAGGUGAAGGAGUACUUCGAGGUCUCUACAGAGGAUGGAAUACAACUAUACUUCGGGAAAUCCCUUUCACCAUGAUUCAAUUCCCGUUGUAUGAAUACCUCAAGAAGUUAUGGGGUAGUCAUGAACAAGUAGAGCAAUUAUCACUUCUCAAAGGAGCUAUAUGUGGGUCUGUCGCGGGAGGUGUUGCUGCCGCGUUAACGACACCACUUGAUGUGAUCAAGACAAGAAUAAUGUUGAGCCACGAGAGAGUCUCCGUGCUGCAUUUGAUAACGACAAUGAUCAGGGAUGAGGGAUACCGUGUAUUUUUGAAUGGGGUCGGACCCCGGACUUGUUGGAUCAGUGCAGGAGGAGCAAUUUUCCUAGGAUGUUACGAGUUAUGUCUGAGCCAUCUCUCGUCGAUGUCGCUAUUCAUAAAACAAUAG